AUGCUACGUCUGUUGCUGUGUCUUGUCACUGUUAUUAGCCUGACAAAUUGUCAGGUUCCUCCGUUUAUGGAAGAAUGUGUCAACAAUGCUUAUCCACCACCAGCUAGCCAUAAAGUGCCAACUUAUGUGGUGAACCUUGACCUUCCAGCUGCCCAAAGAUGGACACAUGUUGUCAAGGACAAAGGACCACAGAUCAAGAAUUUGCUGAAUGAGUUUAAGUCUUUCAUUACUGACAUAUUCCACGGAUCCCAAGCUAUUGUUGACUUCAUCGACAAAGCAGGGCCUCUCGUGGAUGAGACAUUGCCACAGCCUUUUGCUGAUGAAAUGAGAGGGAUUGCAAAUGUUACAGGUCUGAAAUUAGGAGAAAUUGUUUUCUUCAAUGUCUUCUAUGAGUUUUUCACUGUCUGCACCUCGAUCGUGGCUCAGGAUCCGACUGGUAAACUUUACCAUGUAAGAAACCUAGACUUUGGCCUAUUUCUCGGUUGGGACAUUAAAAACAACACCUGGUCAGUCACAGAGCUGUUGAGACCGAUGGUGAUUAUGGUUGAUUUCCAGAAAGGAGGAGAAACUGUCUUCAAAUCUAUCAACUUUGCAGGAUAUGUUGGGAUCCUAACAGCUAUAAAACCUAAAUUGUUUACAUUGACCAUGAAUGAAAGAUUCAACAAAGAUGGAGGCUACAUUGGACUGUUGGAGUGGAUUGCUGGACAACGUACUGGUCAGUGGAUGGGUUUCCUUACUAGAAAUGUGAUGGAGAAAGCGUCCAGCUAUUUAGAAGCCAAAGUAAUGUUGCAAAAUACAGAGAUGCUUGCCCCAGCCUACUUCAUACUUGGAGGGAAUGCAACAUCAGGACCGUUUCAACAGGGUUGUGUAAUCACACGAGCCAGAGAAUAUCCAGUUGAUGUGUGGGAUAUGGAGAGUGCUAAUGGCUGGUACAUCCUCGAGACCAACUAUGACCAUUGGGAGGCACCAUUGUUUCUUGACGAUAGGCGCACGCCUGCUCACCACUGUAUGGGCAAUAUGACACAACAGGGUGUAUCUAUCAAAGGACUGUACAACGUUUUAUCGUCCAGACCUGUACUUAAUAAGCUGACCACAUAUUCUGCUUUGAUGCAGGUAGACAGCGGCCAUUUUGAAGCCUGGCUACAGUAUUGUCCAGAACCAUGUAUUCCAUGGUAGCUGUUACAGUAUCCAUGGUAACAUUGACUGACUAUUACAGUAUCCAUGGUAACAAUGACAGACUAUUACAGUAUCCAUGGUAACAUUGAUAGACUGUUACAGUAUCCAUGGUAACAUUGAUAGACUGUUGCAGUAUCCAUGGUAACAAUGACAGACUAUUACAGUAUCCAUUGUAACGUUGACUGACUAUUACAGUAUCCAUGGUAACGUUGACUGACUAUUACAGUAUCCAUUGUAACGUUGACUGACUAUUACAGUAUCCAUUGUAACAUUGACUGACUAUUACAGUAUCCAUGGUAACAUUGAUAGACUGUUACACUAUCCAUGGUAACAUUGAUAGACUGUUGCAGUAUCCAUGGUAACAAUGACAGACUAUUACAGUAUCCAUGGUAACGUUGACUGACUAUUACAGUAUCCAUGGUAACAUUGACAGACUAUUACAAUAUAUGUGGUUAGAUUGUCAUACUAUUACCAUAUCCAUGAAAAGAGAAUUCCUAUUACUGUAUGUCGUUGACCAUAAACCUUAAUCCAAGAAGAACUGAGCUUUUCAAAGCGGUGCUGUGAUUACAUUUAUGUAUGAUAAACAUAUUUAUUGCGUAGACUGACAUAAUUAUGCUUCCUGACAUUGCGUGAUUAUGGAUGUUGUUUUGUACGUAAAUCACUACAAAUACUGGUGUAUAUACUAUUUAUUUAGUUAACAGCCUACAGCAUUGCAUUUUACCUCACAUUCUCUAAAGCAUUGUUAUUUCUUGAUAAUUGUUAAUUCAUUGUAGCUUACAAGACAGGAUAUGUGAUCUUUACUGCUUAAAAAAGAUAACAAAUCUGUUAAUUAUAACUUAACAUUGUACAGUUUCUUUUCUUCCGUGAUAAAAAAAGUGUGCACUCUAGUUCUCCAUGAUCUUUAAUUAAGCAUUAAAACAAAGGGAAGUUACUCUCUCACAACGACUGUAUAAGGAAACUCAAAGAAUUAAACAAAAAUAAACAAAAAUACCCCAUGACAAUAGUAGUCAACCAAAACUAUUAUAUUUGUUUAAGAUAUGAUUGUGUAUAAACAUUUAAAUUUUUUCUCUGAUCAGGUUUGUCCUUCAUGUUAUAUCUCUACAAGUCGAUCAGUGAGGGAUUUUGCUUCAAAAUGUGAAAUUUUCAGAAUAUAAAUAGUAUAAUGUAAGCGGAAUAAAUAUGCAAAUGAUGUGUUUAUAAUGUACAUUUCAAAGUCUAUUUCUCUAUGUGAAGUAGACUAAGCAGUGCAGUGCAAUGCAAAAUAGGGUGCCUUUUUGUAGGAAUACGAUAUUAUAUUAUGUUAUUAAUGUAUUCUUGUAUAUGAUAUUGUAGUUAGAGGCAUGAAAUAUGAAAAACAUGUAAAUUUGAUUGUGCUGUAUUUUGUCAAUACCUCACCCUAAGGAUACUCCUGUACAAUGAUUAUCUAAGACUGUCAAACACCAUUGUUGUAUUAUAUGUAUGUUUAUUUGUGACUGUUUAUAAACAGAGUUUCUUUUGGUAGUCAUUGUUCAUACAUAUUAAGAUUGCUCUUAUGCUUGUAAUAAUGGAGGUGUCUUAGAUGAAUUAUUGUUGCUAAAAAAGGCCUCGUUCUCAAUUCAUUUUAUAGCUUUUUAUGGAUAUUGUUUGUUGGCUUUAGUAGCCUAGUUUAAUUUAUUUGACUCUGGUCAAGUAUGUUGUUUCCAUGACAACCUCAUUGUUCUGUACGGUUCAUGUUUCUUUAGAAACAUAGAUGUAGAUAACGUAUACAUUUUUCUACCUUAGGUAAUCCCAGUUUAGGCAUUAAUAAGUUGUAAACCUGGUAUAUAUCCUUGUCAUGGUCAUCUCCACUUCUACAAUUACUCCUGAUAUGAAAUAGGCGUGAUCUAUUAUUAUCAAUGGACCUAUCACUAAUAUAUGCACUCUACACAUUCUAGGUUGAUCUCAAGAUAUAUAUCGUCAAUAUGUUACUUUAACCACGCCAUUUAUUCAAGUUAUACCAUUUCUAUUUGGUGCAAUAUUAUUGCUUUAUUCCAGAAUUGUAUUUUAUUUUUCAGGAUUUAUAUAAUUGUAUGACCAGGUAUAUGUAUGAAGUUAAAAGAAGUGUUAUUCAAUGUUUAUUAGAGAUUGUUAUUUAUUUUUCUUGCCAUUCAUUUAGCCAGAAUUUUAUGCACAUGUCAAAAUGUCUGUAAGCUCAUGUCUAGCAAGGCAUACCCUGUGCAGCAAUCAGUACUUUACUAUAUUCCCAACAAUUUUAUGCACAUGUCAAAAUGUCUGUAAGCUCAUGUCUAGCAAGGCAUACCCUGUGCAGCAAUCUGGUAUCAGUACUUUACUACAUCCCCAACAAUUUUAUGCACAUGUCAAAAUGUCUGUAAGCUCAUGUCUAGCAAGGCAUACCCUGUGCAGCAAUCAGUACUUUACUAUAUCCCCAACAAUUUUAUGCACAUGUCAAAAUGUCUGUAAGCUCAUGUCUAGCAAGGCAUACCCUGUGCAGCAAUCAGUACUUUACUAUAUUCCCAACAAUUUUAUGCACAUGUCAAAAUGUCUGAAAGCUCAUGUCUAGCAAGGCAUACCCUGUGCAGCAAUCAGUACUUUACUAUAUCCCCAACAAUUUUAUGCACAUGUCAAAAUGUCUGUAAGCUCAUGUCUAGCAAGGCAUACCCUGUGCAGCAAUCUGGUAUCAGUACUUUACUACAUCCCCAACAAUUUUAUGCACAUGUCAAAAUGUCUGUAAGCUCAUGUCUAGCAAGGCAUACCCUGUGCAGCAAUAAGUACUUUACUAUAUCCCCAACAAUUUUAUGCACAUGUCAAAAUGUCUGUAAGCUCAUGUCUAGCAAGGCAUACCCUGUGCAGCAAUCUGGUAUCAGUACUUUACUAUAUCCCCAACAAUUUUAUGCACAUGUCAAAAUGUCUGUAAGCUCAUGUCUAGCAAGGCAUACCCUGUGCAGCAAUCAGUACUUUACUAUAUCCCCAACAAUUUUAUGCACAUGUCAAAAUGUCUGUAAGCUUAUGUCUAGCAAGGCAUACCCUGUGCAACAAUCUGGUAUCAGUACUUUACUAUAUCCCCAACAAUUUUAUGCACAUGUCAAAAUGUCUGAAAGCUCAUGUCUAGCAAGGCAUACCAUGUGCAGCAAUCUGGUAUCAGUACUUUACUAUAUCCCCAACAAUAAGGAAGGAAAGUAGCAUGUAUAUUAUAACUGUGUCUUUGUGUCCUGCCUCUCAACCAUCUAAAGUGAGGCAGAAAGUUAGAAGUUUAAAUGUUAAUACUCAUAAUUUUGUUUGUAUAUAUUACAUCAGCUUGACUUUUCUUGUCUUAUUCUCUCAUGACUCAACAGACUGUAAAAGUUUAGAUGUCUGAGGUGAAGGGCUUAUUACAACCAUCAACUUUGUGUACUAUGUUUGUAAGAAUGGUAGAAUCAGAGAGCAAAUAACAUGCUGUUAUAUAGGUCUCUGGUAGAACUAAAGUGCUUGCAGGGGUGAGGGAUAUCUUUAUGUUAUACUAUAUAGAUAAUGGCAAUGACACAAAUAUUGAUUUUGUUGCUCUGUGUUUUGGGGUUUUGUUUGCUUUUGCAAAAUAUUACACUUUCCCUGUCAGAUUGCUUGAAUUCAAAUUACCUAAAACAGCUUACUGAUGACAUAGGGUUAUAACCUGAACAAAUAUUAUUGAUGUAUGUCUGUAAUUUGUACUAAGACAAGGAGGGAACUUGUAUGGAUUACUAAAGUGUUAUGGAAAUGGCACGAGACUCUGAUACCAACAACAAUGGAAAUUGAAAGGUUUGAGCUUAUAUCUGAUUAUGAAAUUGAUAAUAAAUAUGU